CAUUUUGCCAGCUUGCUGUGCAUGUAAUUGCAAAGCGACAGCAGGGCUCUUGCGCACGACCUGAUGAAUGCCAGUUGCUGGUGUUCUGUCCCUUGGUAGACGGGUCCAAUAUGCUACUCGAACUCGCCAUGCCCACAGCUGCUCAAUUGGCCAGCACGCCCGUCGCUCCUUCUUCAAUUCACGCCAUGUGAAGAGCGACAAUCUUCCAGCCGACAAGCAGCUUGACAUUCUCCGCAAAUAUGCCGUCGACGACGUCUCCCAUCGCUCUACUGCUCGGCUUCAGCUCCACACACACAAAGACAGCGAGACUCGGUCCUCUACGUGGAGUCUCUCAUCGAAUCCCAAGCACGAUGCCUUGAAACGCAUUGUCGCUCGUCACCUGGAACAUCUGGCUGCACUCGAGACACUGGACGAUAUAGGCCUUCCUCUGACUAGGCAAGAGCAAGCCACGCUUCAGUCUCUUGACUACAACCAUCAUCAUGUCGACCACUAUGCCAACAUCUUCUCCAGCAAGGACUCGCUGUUUGCGGCACGUCUACUGAUUGCCUCUCAUGCCCCUCCAUUCUUCGUCUAUCACGACUUCCUCGCUCGCACCCACAUUAGGCCCGAGGCUCUUCGUCUGCUCUUGGACCAUUUACCCGUGUGGGACCCUGACGCUUUCUGUGUGAGCCAUGAUCUUGUGACUCCCGUCUUCGAAAGAUUGCUAUACCAUUGCCGCCGUGUCUGGCCUGAUGCAAUCCCGACUAUGGCCACUUGGCUGACAAAGCAGUUGCGUCUCUCCGAUGCUCGGCUUACACGCAUAAAAGACUCUGGCUUGAACGGAGACGACAAUGAGCUGAUAGCCUACUUGACAAGUCGUUACAACUAUGCUUUGCGCCUGCUCUCCCAGCCCUCGCAUGUUUCGCCCUUCAAAAACAUCAUCUUUCAAGAAGCUGCUCAAGCCACAAUCCUGAAGCACAUGGCCGAUCACGACCCUGCUUUUGCUAUCAAUCGACAAGGUUAUCGCGCCGUCGCUCGCGUUCAACUGGCCGCUAAAAAGUCGUCCUCUGAGCGAGAAUGGGCUAGACUAAAGUCUCCAUCUUGGCCCCCGUGGAAGGAAGACCGUACGGGUAUGGAUGCUCAUAUCGGUCUUGACUAUGGAAUCAGCCGUGCCCGCCAGAUCCUGCUCAGGAUGCAAGAAGCCGGAUACCCUCUAAAGGACUGGGAUCGAGUUGCCAUGAUAUACGCAGGAUGGGAUACGGAUCGCAGUCCGACCAUCCAGAAGAGGAUUUUCCUAGACGAUCUGCCCAGGAGUGACAUUGCGAAAAGCCUCUGGAUUGCUCGAAUUAAGACGACACGUACUGCUCAGCAAGCAUGGGCCUGUUUCCUGGCUUAUCAGGACGAACAUCUACCAUUAGACCACCGCAUAUACCACGCCAUGUUCGAAGUCUUGAUACAGGAGCGUAAAAGAGUCAUGCUUGGAUCAGAAAAUAUUGGCCACGAAGUCGAUCGCGACGAUAUGGACCCGCUGUAUCCUGGUGAUACGAUGGAAAUCGGCUCGCCCCCGUCUUCUACUCAUCAGCUGACCUAUAUCCGUGCCGAGAUGCCUUCGGUACAGCAGCUCUACGAUCACAUGCGUGAGGACGGGAAGCAUCCUUCCGACGAUACUUUGACCUUGCUUUUGGAUAGCGCUGAGUCUCUCGCCGAGGGCUUGGUCUAUCUAGAGACUGGUGCUCAAGAUCAUCGCAUUGCUAUCAACGCCCUUUUGCACGGGUCCAAAGACUAUCAAGUUUUGCACAAACUGCCCGAUAAUCUGUUCACUGCAUACACGCGACUUCUUUGCCGGUUCCCUCACACUCCACUCGACACAGAGCUGAAAAUGCAGUGGCGAUAUGGCAGCAUUAUCAAGUCGAACUUCGAUCUUCGACAACCGCUAGCUCGUGCUCUCUACCUUCUCGUGCAGCAGAAAAGAACAUAUCUCCCUGCCUGGAAUUGUGUGUUUAGUGCACUGGCUCGAAGAAAUGCCCCAACCCUAGCUUCAAGCUGGCGUUCACUACAUCUUCGAGGCGAAGAGUCGCUGAAAGAGCAGAAUGAGUUGUACGACAAGAUCUUUGCUUUCAAUCUCGCCCGUCAGGUCAAUCAGACAAUGUGGGAGAACGACCUCACCUUGGAUGAGGAUGCUUUCCUAAAUAUCUGCAUAGUCGCUGAGCACGCUGCUAGCGCUGUACACACCAUCUUUCGUGAGUACGGGUACAGACAAGAGCAUGCUUCGGAGUCCACAGGUCGCCUGAUCACUCACGCAAACACCAUGUUCCAAGAUGGCCCGGACUGGAUGAAGGAGCAAUUCUGGAUUCUGACUGAAGGUGCCAAGGACUCCAAGUCCUCUAUGCCUAGAAUCGAGAGCUCUGCCGUGAAGUUGCCACAUUUGUAUACUAUUCCCCGUCCGGCCAUGCUGCACGCCUAUAUUCGUGCUUUGGGCCUGCUGCGCGACUACGAAGGGCUCAAGGAGUUGGUAACCUGGAUGGCCAGGUACCGUAAGGAUCUUGCCAAGCGCUGUGCUAUGGAUCGCAGAGGCCAUGUAUUGAUGCGGAGGGCACUGAUCGCACUACGCGUCUUCUUGGAAGAUCGAUGGGAGCUGUCAAGGGAGCUGGAAGAGAAUGCGGAUGAGGAAAUGGACGACGGAAUCACAUCUAGCGCGUCAGCUGAAAAUAUCGAGGAGAUCAAGGCGCUUGUCGAGAGUGUGCCACGAUGGGGUGGCUGGCCAUCUGAUGAGGAGGUUGAGAUGUAUGUUGAGAUUGGUCUUGACAAUGGCCGAGAAGAGCAGAUGUCCGAGGCUUGAACAACACUUGUAUAUAUAAUUCGAUUCCUGUAAAUACUUUGUGGAUGUGGGAGUGGAAGUAAAGAUUGAAUAUACUCUUUCGUCGUCAA